UGGUGCAGACUGUAGUCUAGACUGUAGUAUGCGACACUGUAAGAACAACAACUCUCUUUGUGAUCCCCGGACUGGAGAGUGUGUUGCAGGAUGUAAACCUGGGUGGAUGAACGCAACCUGUACACAACAAUGUGCUCAAGGCCGCUAUGGGGAUGGAUGUACACAUCUAUGUGCAGAAAGAAAAUGCUAUACUAAUGGAACAUGUGAUUUUCAAACAGGCCAAUGUUUUGGUGGAUGCCAAGCUGGGUGGGAAGGACACUCGUGCACUAGUGAAUGUGCCGAUGGAAAAUAUGGUAUGAACUGUAAUGCUACCUGUGGAGAAUGUGCAAAUGAAAUAUGCGACAGAGUUACUGGGAAUUGCACAAACGGUUGUAGUGAUGGAUUUGAAGGACACCUGUGCAAGGAACGUAUUAUUGCUCCACCUCCAAAGACUGUCUUGAUUGCUGGAAUUGCUGUUUCCGUCCUGGUGGUGAUCCUGUUGGUCGUCAUUAUAGCGGUUGUUUUGAUGAGACGACGGAGAAUGUUCAAGGCUGAAAGUCGAGAAGCUAUAGACUCUGACGAUGCUGUCAAAGGGACUCGUCCAAGAGCUAAAAGAGAAACACAGGAAAGAAGUGAAUACGUCAACGUUGCCUUCACCGCUCGACCUGUACCUGAAGGUAUUGAAGCUCCGAAAGACGAGAAACCAGUGAAGGACUCGGCAGUGCGGCUUAGUGUUGCUGAUUCCAUAGAAGAGUUGGACGAACAAGAAGACGACGAUGAGUCACCAGGAUCUGUGUACUACAACAUUCAUCACUUCAACCUUCCUGAGGGCGGAUCGCCGGUCGGUGAACUGCCCAGUAUUUUAAACAAGAUCAGACACCAACCUGGUGGAUUUGAAACAGAGUACAAGAAAUUGCCAAGUGGAUUCAGCUUGCCGUAUAACGAAUCCCAGAUUCCGGACAACAGGCCGAAGAAUCGUUUCCAGGGCUAUUAUCCUUAUGACCAGAACCGCGUGGUAUUGUCGGUGUUGCCAGGUGAGGCACAUUCUGAUUACAUCAACGCCAGCUUCCUUGAUGCAUAUGCAGAAAGGAAUUAUUUCAUUGCUGCUCAAGCACCAAACAAAAAGACCUUACCAGAUUUUUGGCGAAUGAUUUGGGAAAAGGAUUGUGGACAUAUUAUAAUGUUAACAAAUCUUGAUGAAGGAACGAAGAAAAAGUGUGAAGCAUACUGGUCAGACACGGAUAAGCUUAAUAUUGGACUAUUUACAAUUGAUGUCAUUAAGACGGACGAAAGAACUGACUACGUGUAUAGAAAGUUUCGUGUCACCCAUAGAAAGUCUAGACAAUCGAAGACGUUUCAACAGUUCCACUUCAUUUCGUGGCCUGACCAUGGAGUUCCCAACGUCCACGACUUCAUACAGUUUAUGUUCAGAGUUCGUGAAACAAAACCAACACUCACUGGUCCCAUCCUCGUACACUGCAGUGCAGGGAUUGGUCGAACUGGAACUUACAUUGCUCUAGACAUUCUACUUGAUCAGAUGGAUAUUACAGGACGUGUUGAUGUCAAAAGGAUUAUGAAACAAAUGCGAGAUCAACGCAAGGGCGUCGUACAAACGAAGGAACACUAUGAAACUAUAUUUGUCUCCCUUAUUGAACUAGCCAAUUUUGGUAAAACUAGCCUUAACAGCCAAGAUUUUCAACACCAAUAUGCAAAACAGAAGGGAUCUGUGGUCAUGGGAAAGAAAACAAUUGAUCAACUAGCACAGGAAAUAGUGGCCCUGGAUGACUCGCCAUAUGAAGAUGUUCCAGACAAGUAUCGAAUCUUGGUUGAUGGCAGACAUGAUUUCGUUGUAAUGUGUCCACCAUCCAAACUCUUGAAACAUGGAUACUUGCUAACACCAGAUCAAAAGGGGACAGAAGAAAGUUUCUGGAAACUUGUCAUAGAAAAUGAGUCUUACACCAUCGUUACCUUGAGCAAUGAGACCGACAAAAACAUGAUUCCGUGUCCAAGUCAGACCCUGACAUACGGCAAGACAACAAUCACUGCUCUUCAACAGACGUCUAUUACUAAUCAGAUAACGGAGAAGACACUGCAAAUUGAAACACAGGGAAACAGAGAGAAGCGACAGAUUCAACAUUACAGUAUCGAUGGAUGGCUGCCCACAACUGAUUCUUCAACACUGACAUCCUGUCUGACAACAAUCAUGGAGAAGAUACAGUCGCAACAAGAGAACGUGAGAAUACACCCAGUCACGAUUGUGUAUAGAAAAUCUGAGGCUAAAAACGCUAUAACUCUGUGUAUCACAAACAACAUCAUGACUGGUAUGAGGCUGGACACAGAAGUUGAGAUAUUCAACAACGUCAGGAUAUUUCAGACCGUGCUUCCGAAUGUAAAACUCACAAAGAAGGACUUUACCUUCUUCUGCAACUUCGCCUUCAUGAAGCUUGAAGACUCCUCGCUUUAUGCGAAUUGCCCUUCAUCGAGCAAGUGAGAUAGACUUUAAAACGCAACUGACUGCUGCCGAUGAUGCUGGCAAUUACGGAGAUGUUCCAAUACGCCGUGUGACAUUUUAUGAUAUCUUUAUCUCAAUUUAGAGCUUUUUUCCCUAAUAUUCAAACAUGUUUCAUGAUUAUUAUGCAUACCCAAUACUCACAGAAUGUACAUACAUGUUUGUUUCUUACAUUUAUUAUCUGUAACAGUUUUAUAUAUUGAUUUGUUGGAUUUAUAGAUUGUAAAUUGUUGUUUGAGACCUUACGUAGCAAAAAGGGCCGAGCGUAAAGGCAUAUUGUCACAGACCACUGACCUAUUAAAUGGCCAAACAAAGUAUUACCUAAACGAACAGAUAUUUGAUUUCCUCCUAAAUGUACUUUACUCAAACAUUUACAUAACCACCAUACUUCACUUAUUAAUAACAUUUUGUGAAAAUAAUUGAAUUAUGGCAAUGGGCCAUAAUUCAAAAACUAAAAUUGCGAAGAGGAUUGACAUGGAUUUCACUCCAUCAUGGUUCAGUUAAAGUGAUGCGAUUGCUGGAUUUGGUUUUCAAAACAUUCUUGUAAUUUUCCUUUAUUAUCCAGUUUUAGAGAAAUAAGGUCCUAAAAUCCGUGUCAUUAUGCCUUUGAUUUCUUUUCAAUUUUAAAAACUCAUUAAUAUGCAAGGGUAGGGGUAAAUGUAGGGUUUUUUGUGUUUUUAAAAACUGACGUACCCUGUCUAAAACAAUUUGGCACCUUCCCUGAAACAUGUUUAGGUCAGAUGUGUUAACUUAUACAUGGUCAUUUUGAUGGUAACGAAUGAAUGUCAGUUUUAAGUUGCCGAUUGUUUAAAAGACUAAAACAGUUUACAAAUAAUAUUGUGCCGAAAAUACCAAAAUGUGAAAACAGAGUUGCGCGCAAAUAUCACAGAGAUAAGAGCAAUCUUGUCGGACACCAGAUACAGCCCUGGUAGUUUUAGCUUUCAUGGCGCCAUCUCCCAGACAAUAAAUGUGAUUAGUGAUGUAGGUCUGUUUCGUAUGAAUUUUGAAUAUUUCCAGUGCAACAUUAGGUACAGCAACUGACAGUUACUGAUUAUAUUAUUAGUUUUUUAAGAAAAAUUAUGUUUAAUGCAAACUAAUGCUUUGAACUUUCCGUAGUGUAUUGUAAUACGUAUCGCAAUCUGUUUACAUACAUCGCAAUAACAUUUUUUACUUAUAUGGAUGUUUUCCUACAUAUGUGUUUUGUUGUUUUUUGUAUACUUGUGUAAAUAGCUUCCCCCUUACAAAUAUGGGAGCUCGUACGCAUAUGUUUCUAUAAAAUACUUAGUUCUUUGCUUGAAAUACAUGUCUGUGUGCACCUUCAGAAGCUGUAGAAAGUGUUUCUUUUUGUUCCGAUAAAGGUUCGUGCUACAAGUGGAAGUCCUCGCAUAGUUAAAGUUGGAACCAUAUAUUGUGAUCAAGUUAACUUUAAAGGGACAGUCUUGAGUUUACAACCAUUGUAAAAUGUUUCCGACCUACAGAGCCUUUUUGAUGACGUAACAUACAACUUAAAUACAUUUUCUUAUUUAGAAUACCAGUGUCU